AGUUCACAACAAGUCGUCUUUCAAUCGACUUACGAAAAAUUGGUUACGGAUCAACAAGUCAGAAGUAGUUGGCAUGAUCUGGUACUCGCGAUAAUUAAAAGAGAAAGUGGACGAGUUGAUAAUCUCAGUCGUAAUCUAGAAUUACGUUGUCCUACCUUUUGUAAUGCGGCAGAAACAAAAAUGUAUCAGGGUUAUGAAGCAUUGCAAAGAGCUAAAAAGAAUGAAGACGAACAUACGACCAAAGAAGCGUUGCGAAAUUCACUCAACAUAUUUUGUGAAUGUAUCAACAUUUUGACAUACGGAACUUUAAAUAAUUUAUGUCAAGAUUACAAGAAUUUUGGAUUUUAUGAAG